AUGCGCGACGCUGUUUCGACGGCAAGUUCACGCUUCUCACAAAAUGAAGAUCAACGCCAAAGUAUGCUCACCUGUAACCUUCAUAGAGCAGCUGACAGGCUAGGACUUCAACUGCCCUCAAAUAAGUUUUGGUCAUUAAAAACUUUCACUUGCGAUCCCAGUUGCGAUUACAGUAGCAGAUCGGACAUUACAAUUGGCACAAUGAGUAGGAUCUGCGAUUUUUUUCUGGCCAAAAAGUGGCCCGGGGAAACCCCAGGCAUGUACUGCUCAAAUGGUAAGAUUAAAAUAUCUCCAUUAGAAGAUCCUCCCGGUCUUUUGACUGACCUUUUAACUGGGGCUUCGCCUUUGUCUACCGAAUUUCAUAAGCGCGUUCGCGCCUACAACUGCGCCUUCCACAUGACUUUGAUCGGGGUUAACAUCAUUAAAGAAGGACAAUUCCUGCUAUCCUUUAAAGUUCAGGGGCAAAUAUAUCAUAGGCUUGGUUCUCUUCAGCCAAUCGAUAUUGCCUCGCCUCAGUUUCUACAACUUUACUUCGUUGGCGACUACGCAGACCAGGCUGCCAGACGGCAGUCCUUACCUAGUACCAACCUAGCAUUAAUACGUCAGCUCCAUGAGUUGAUUCACGAAAUAAACAGCUAUGUUCGCAGUUUUAAGUAUGACUUAGAAAUAGCUGACUCUCCAGAGUUCACGUUAGUUAUCAAUGCGGACCAGAGGCUUUCUAGGCAACACGCUCCUCGCUAUAACGAGCACUCAUGUAAUGAGGUUGCGGUGCUUAUUCGAGGUGAACAACACCAAGAUAGGGACAUAGUCUUGCACCGCCAAGACGAUGCGCUCCAACGAAUUUGCGAAACCCAUAGGUCCUACGACGCACUUCAGUAUCCCCUAUUUCAUACUCAUGGAGACGACAGUUUUCACUUAAACAUUCCCCAACAAAGCCUAUCAGAGGCAGGUUCUGUUGGCAGUAAAUUAGUUACGUGUAUGGCUUACUAUACUUAUCGGUACAUGGUUAGAGACAGCAGUUUGAAUCACCUACACCUUUCUCGCGACCUUUUUCAACAACAUGCCGUAGACAAUGCUGUUAAAAUUGAGUCUCAGCGCUUACAAUACAUACGGUUCAAUCAGGCUAAGCUACGGGCUGAAAAGUACAUCCAUCUCAGAGAUAGAAUCAAUAACGAUGUUGCUCCUGGAAGGAUAGGCCAAUUAUGCAUACUACCGUCUUCCUUUACUGGUAGUCCUCGAUAUAUGCACGAACGUACACAAGCCGCCAUGAUUUACGUUCGGUACUACGGUGGGCCCGACCUUUUCAUUACCUUCACUUGUAAUGCUAGGUGA